AUGAAUCAUCCUUCCAUACACGACGAAGAUUGUACCUAUCAACGAGUAGAUAAAUAUCUUUCGCAACGUCUUGAAUCAGCAUCGAAUACAGAAACAAUCUCAUUCUUCUUACAAAUCUUCGAUGUUAACAUUGUCUUACGAGAUCAAUACAUUUUAAUUGUUAGUCGAUUGAGUGAAGAUAAAGUUGGAGCAUUGGAAAAGAUUAUUCAGAUCAGAAUAGCGAAGGCAUUUGUACAAAAUUGUCGAAUUUGGGGACCACCGUAUCCUCCAGCAUUGAUGGACGACAAUGAAUCGGUCCAAAUGCAAAAUAUGUCUAUGAAUGCAAAUGAUCGAAGUAUAUUGUAUAAAAUAUUGGAACAGUUAGAUUUAAAACAAAAUGCAGCAAAGGCCUGUGAUUUCCUUCUAACAAUGUCAAAACCGUUAUCACUAACUCUUGACAGUAGUGUUGUGUGUGUACACUCUUUGUUUCACCCCACACCUUUUGGUAUUUUGGGUAAUACUACUACUGACAGUAGUGGUGCGAUGGAAUUCGGUCUUUUUUCAAGAAAUGGCUGUUACGCAACAUUUGAAUAUUUAUUCAUUUUCUUUCAUCCUUUAUGGAUAUUCAUUUUCUUUUUCUAAAUUUGAAAAGUGAAAUAUAUUCAUUCCGUUUCAGUUUAUUAAAGUUCAUCUUCAUAUUUUUCAUUUCGUUUCCACGGGCUGAAAAAAGUGAAGCGUCGAUUGUUCAUUUCGAAAUAUUUCGAAGAACUAUUUCUGCGGCCGUUAAUCAUAAUCAUUAAAUAGCGCUGAAUAUUGAUACAUAGAAGAAACUGUAGAGGUACUCUACAGUGGUCGAAAAGUAUUCA